UCCAAGCGAUCCACAGUGUGUGUGACUGUCAGCGGACGAGACCAGGCAGGCAGCUCCCUUUUGCCUUUUCUCGGCACCAAACCUAUACAUUCCUAAUCAUGGCGGCCACGGAUGUUGACAUAUUUUCUAAUGAAGAAAAGCGUAACCUCAACCUCGGCGGUCAUGUUGGUUUUGACAGUCUGCCCGAUCAGCUGGUCAGUAAAUCGGUGACUCAGGGUUUUUGCUUCAACAUUCUUUGCGUUGGUGAGACUGGCAUCGGCAAGUCAACAUUAAUGAACACGCUUUUUAAUACAAUGUUUGAAAAUGAGGAGGCCAGCCAUUACCAAAACGGCGUCUACCUGCGGCCGAGAACCUACGACCUGCAGGAGAGCAAUGUCCACCUCAAGCUGACUAUUGUUGACACUGUGGGCUUUGGGGACCAGAUCAACAAAGAAGAAAGUUACAAGCCCAUCGUGGAUUACAUCGACACACAGUUUGAAAACUACCUGCAGGAAGAAUUGAAAAUCAAACGUUCUCUCUUCAACUAUCACGACACCAGAAUCCACAUCUGCCUGUACUUCAUCGCUCCCACUGGACACUCGCUCAAGUCUCUGGAUUUAGUCACCAUGAAGAAGUUGGACAGCAAGGUGAACAUUAUCCCUAUUAUUGCUAAAGCUGACACAAUUUCCAAGAGUGAGCUGCACAAGUUUAAGAUCAAAAUCAUGAGCGAGCUGGUUAGCAAUGGUGUUCAGAUCUACCAGUUUCCCACAGACGACGAGGCCGUCACAGAAAUCAACUCUUCUAUGAAUGCCCAUCUUCCGUUUGCUGUGGUGGGCAGUGUGGAGGAGGUGAAAGUGGGCAAUAAGACAGUGAGGGCCAGGCAGUACCCAUGGGGAGUAGUUCAAGUGGAGAACGAGAGCCACUGUGACUUCGUAAAGCUGCGGGAGAUGUUGAUCAGAGUGAACAUGGAGGAUCUUAGAGAGCAGACUCACGCCAGACACUAUGAGCUGUACAGACGCUGUAAACUGGAGGAGAUGGGCUUCAAAGACACAGACCCAGACAGUCAGCCCUUCAGUCUACAAGAGACAUAUGAAGCCAAGAGGAAGGAGUUUCUUGGAGACCUGCAGCGGAAGGAAGAGGAAAUGAGACAGAUGUUUGUUAACAAAGUGAAAGAGACGGAAGCUGAGCUGAAGGAGAAGGAGAGAGAGUUACAUGAAAAGUUUGAGCAGCUGAAGCGCAUGCACCAGGAGGAGAAGAGGAAGGUGGAGGAGAAGCGACGAGAUCUGGAGGAGGAGAUGAACGCCUUUAACAAGAGGAAGGUGGCGGCCGAGACCCUUUCCCUCUCACAGCCCCUCAAGAAGGACAAAGACAGGAAAAACAGGUCAGUAAAAACAGAGAACCAAUCGGGUGUCAGUCUCUCCAGCUCCAAAGUGAUGAUGGCCAAAGCCAGUAUGGAGCCCUUGAACUGCCAGAGCUGGUGGCAGGCCAUACAAUGCUGCACCUGCCUGGUCCACAAUGAAGCCUGGAGACAAGGUCUCUUCUGAGAACCCGCUAACAUGAGGUGUGGAUGUCUGGUCAUCAACAGGCCAUGGAACUGAAAACACAUCAAUCAACAAAAGCCUAAGCAAUGGAGACAACGACACGCCAACACGCAAACAACCCUUAUAAUUCUCUACAAAUUAUAUGUGGAUCUGUAUUUUGAAACGGUUCUCUGUGUUAAUCCACUCACAAGUGGGAUGUGAACAACCGGAAUGUUUAAAAUGUGUCGUGUUUUUUGGUCUCCAUGUUUUUUUCCAAGUAUAACGCAAGACCUUUGAAGUGGCUCAAUUUAAGACAAGCAAUCUCAGUUGUGUUCUUGAACGCAAGUCAAUGUGAAACCGCAUUCGCAACUCAUUUUACUUUCACAAUGUGACCUUUUUCUCAGUCAAAGAAAGACAUUCAAUGGGAAAAUUUAAAGUAGGGUGAGAUUUGAUUUUCGUAUUUGAAAAGCGGGCGUCCAGUUUUGCAGUGCGCUCACAAAUUGGACACAAUGAUGCUUGAAUGAAUCUUGAGAAAGUAAACGGGUUCAUUUUGAGUUCACGUUGAUGUUUUAUAGAUUCGACCUCUUGGGAACAGAAAAAUCCAUGGCAAUCGUAUAGGAAAGAUGUGGUUGGUUUCUUUGGAAUGUUUCGUUAAAUCUGUGUGUUGUGGAAAUGUGACAUAUCCUUUGAAUCUAUGGCUGUAUGUGAGCAUGUCUUCACGUUACUUCUCAAAGGAAGGAUCAGUCACAUGGACCUUAAACAGGAAAAUAUUUAAAGUAUUCUAAACGGUGGAUUUUUAUUUGAGAAGGAUAUUUAUUUUUC